CGAGACAUCAUGCUAGAUGCAGAGUAUCAUAGGGUGGAGUCUGGAGACAUGCCGCUGGUGGAUAUGUCCGCAGGCGACGUGAGCGGCAAGAGUGGCGGCGGCCGGCAGCCGCUGCUCGGCUCGGGCGAGGGCGGGCAAGGUCCAUCGCCGUUUGCCAACAUCGCAUCCCCGGACGGCUUUCUCAAGCAAACGUAUCUGUACUACGUGGGGCUUGGGUACUGGCCGAUUGUGACGCAGCAGGUGUUUGAUCUGCUCACGCUUGCGUUUGUCAUCUUUCUCUUUGGCUUUGUCACGAUGGCGGUCGAGUACGGCCGGCUGCUGGACGAUCUGUCUGCCGAGAAUCGGAUUGCCUUUGUGGACUACAUGUCGUUUGCGCCCGAGAAGCAUCCGUUUGCGCUCCUCUGCGCCAUUCUUUUCUCGCUCUAUUGGCUGACAUCGCUGUACUGGUUUGUGGUCUCGCUCCCGCUGCUGGGGAGAGUAGCCGCGUUCUACAAGGCCGAGGUGUACGAGGCGAGCGAUCGUGGCGGCGACUGGAACCUUAAGGCGCGGCCGUGGUCUGCGGUGGUUGCGCGAGUGUCUGCGGCGCAGCGGCGCAACGCCAUGAUCCGGACGGUCGACUCGCUGGACGCACUCGACGUGACCAACAUCAUCAUGCGUCAGGAGAACUUUAUGCUUGGGCUGUACGAGGCGCACAUCCUUGGCAUCCACCCGAUCAACGCGGGAUGGCUCCGGUGGGUGCCUGUCGAGGUCCCGUUCCUCAACAAGAGCUACCCGGUGGUCACAGCGGCACUCGACUACAACUACCGGCACAUUGUGCUCAACUACGUGUUCUCGGGCUCGGGCGGCGGAGUCCACCCUGUGCUGAGCAGUGGGCCGCUGAGCGCGUCGCGGCGAGCGCGGCUGGUCGCCGGCCUCCGCACCCAGUUCCGGAUCGGUGCUGUGGUCAACCUUGUGCUCAUGCCGUUCAUCCUUGUCUUUCUUGUCUUUUACUUUUUCUUCAAGUACGGAGAGCAGUUUCACUCGAACCCGCACUCGCUCUCGGCCCGGGCCUGGUCGCCGUACGCCAAGCGCAUCUUCCGCAUGUACAACGAGCUGCUCCACGAGUUUGAGAACCGCGUUAACAAAGCGCACGCGCCGGCGUAUCGCUACCUGCAGCAGUUCCCGCCAGCCAUCACCGCUACCCUCGCCAAGUUUGUGGCCUUCCUCGUCGGCUCGGCCACCAUUCUCUUUGUCGUUCUCUCGCUCAUUGACCAGAACGCGUACUUUAACCUCGAGAUCACACCCGACAAGUCGGUUGUUUUCUACCUCGGGCCUGCCGCAGCAAUUCUGGCGUUGGCUCGGUCGUUCAUCCCUGCGCCGUACGUGACAUACGACGCCGACAAGGCCCUGCACGACGUCGCCGCGCACACCCGCUUCCUCCCGCCGGCGUGGGAGCACGGAGCUGGGACGCGUGAGGUCCUCGCUCAGUUUUCGGAGCUCUUCCAGUACAAGGUCGUUCUCUUUCUGCAGGAGCUCAUCUCGGUCGUCCUCAUGCCGUGGCUCCUGCUCUCGGCCUCAAUGGGCUCAACGCCCGAAGAGGUCCUCCGAUUCUUUGAGGAAAAUCUCGUCGAGGUCCGCGGCCUUGGCCACCUCUGCCGGCCGGCACGGUUUGAUCUAGACGCGGCUGUGACAGAGGUUGGUGCGGCAUCGCUUUCGGACUCUAUUGCUGCCCUCGCCGAGCCGGGCAAGGCCAACCACGACCUCGUCCUCAACUCGUUUGUCAACUUUGCGGCGAAUCACCCCGAGUGGGUUCCGUGCCCGUCUGGAACGGCGCUGCUGCAGUCGAUUGCGUCGGUGCCGGAUCUGGAGACGCCGGCCGGCGGCGCACUGCUGCAGUCGCCGGCGGCAUCGUCGGUCGCGCUCGCAGCCUCGCUCACCACCUCGAUCCGCCGAGUGGCCGGCGAGCCGGCCGCCGUCCCGCGAGUCGCGCGCUCGCCGUCGGUCUCGGCCUCGCAACAAUGGUUCUCGCUCCUCGACACCCAACGGGCCGCCAUCCAGCUGCCUCACGUCGACACUCGCUACUGCCCGCCACCCAUUGCCGAUGCCGCCCUCCCGCCGCCGCCAUUCUCGUCGUCAUCGUACGACUGUGACCCACCGCUCAAUCUUGGCGGCGGCCGCGACGACGACGAUGACGAUCAUCAGGUCGUGGGCACGUCGUCCGACUCGUCCCAAGGCUCGCCGUCUGCGGCGCUCUCGUGCCUGGUCCCGGCCUCGCUGGCCUCGCUCAACAUGUCUUUCACAGCCGACGUUGCCGUUGUCCGCUCGGCAGCCACCAUCUCGGGCAGACUCGUCAUCGGCUCGGGUGCUACGGUUGUUGUUCACGACGCAGUGCUCACCGUCUCCGGCUCGAGCCAGGUCAGCGGCGGUGUCCUCGCCAUCCAGGGCGAUGCGGGGCAGGCCAAUCUCGACGGCGGCCUGAUGAUGAGCGAGAGUGGCGGACGGAUCGAGUUUGAGGCCUCUGACGCCCGGGUCAAUGCCGGUGCGACGGCGGCGCCUGUGGUUGUUACCGGCAAUCUCGCGCCGGGCGGCGCGACUGUCGCUGUCUCUCUUACCCCGGCCGUCCGCGAUCGCCUCCGCGAUGGCACGCCCAUGGUCUGGCUCACCUUUUCCGGCGAGCUGGUUUCUGGCUCGGCCGACUUUGGUGUGAGUGUCACCAUCGCUUCCGCCGCCCGCAGUGAGAAGCCGACCACCACCGCCUUUGGCUCGCUCCUCGCCGCGCCGGCCAUCCGGUGCUCGGCUGCGAGCAAGCAGUGUACCUUUGGCUUUGAGGCCAACGGGCUCUCACCGUCAUCCGACAACAAUACCCUCGUCAUCCUCGCCACUCUCGGCACCCUCAUGCUCUCGCUCAUCGUCGCCAUCUGCGCCGCUCUCGCAGUCGCCCGCUCCAAGAACGUCAAGGUCCUCCGCGAGCGCGUCGCCCUCGCCCAAGCCAACCCUGAAGCCUAUCAAGCUGCCAACAAGUCCAAGCUCCUGCCCAGCACGCCGCUCAAGCCCAAGCCGGAAGCAGCCGCGCCCGUCGAUGACACCACCGACGAUGCCGCCGACGACACCACCGACGAUGCCGCCGACGACUUUACCUACGUCACUGCCACCUCGGACUCGGGUGCCACCUUGGGCUCGGACUCGGGCCCGGACUCGGGCUCAUCGUAGUUGUUUGCCCAUGAUUCAUCUGGCAUGAGGGGGGCAUGAUGGUGCCACUCGUUAGCAGCGUGACCUCGAUCGGCGUGAUCGCUGUCAGCCCAGCCCGUGCACGGGCUGCAAGCGAGGAAUCGAGCUCUGUCCGGAAACCGGAUCCCAAGCCAGC